UGCAUGUCCUCCAGGUUUACGGCUGUGUGAGACAUCUCCUUAUUCCGUUUCAGCCAUUAGUGCGCUGUACUGCCGUAACCUGGAAGCCGUCAGGACAAGUGAACGUGUAUACAUGCACCAUAUAAAUCACUAACUCCAAUAUCAUGGAUCCUUUAAGAGCUCAACAGCUGGCAGCAGAACUUGAAGUUGAAAUGAUGGCAGAUAUGUAUAACCGCAUGACAGGUGCUUGUCACAAAAAGUGUGUCCCCCCUCACUACAAGGAACCAGAACUGUCCAAGGGAGAGAGCGUGUGUCUUGACCGCUGUGUCUCAAAAUAUCUGGAUAUCCAUGAACGGAUGGGCAAGAAACUCACAGAACUUUCCAUGCAGGAUGAGGAGUUGAUGAGGAAGAUGCAGCAGGGUGUGGGACCUGCACAGUAAUUUUUCCCAUAACAGACUUAAUAGUUCUCAGUUCUGCAGUAUCUUUGAUUUUCAUGUUGCCCUGUCUGCACACAGGGCCAUGUGUCUUUUAUGUCUUUUCUAGUUGUACACAUUGUGCAAUGUAUUAAAUUUUUCUUACAUUUGUUGGUUUAUUAUGAAUCAGCAGAAAAAAAAUAAAAGAUUCUUGUGAAAUGAAA